AUGAGCUCCUCCAGUUCCUCCAAUCGUCAAUCAAACUCACAAAGAACAGUUGGGAUCCCAACCCGUUGCUGGUGUGGAGCAAAUCUGACCACCUACGGAGCCCAGACAAAAGAGAACAAAUUCCGUAGGUUUUACCGUUGCGUUGUCGCUCUACAGCGUAAAAACGAACAACACUUGUUCAAAUGGAUCGACGAAGCUAUCAUAGACGAGAUAGACAAGGUUGACGGCAAAUGUACCAGACUUUAUGCAGAUCUCGAAGAUGUCAAGCGUUCAAUAGACAAGCGUCUCGAUCUACAGGACAGAUACAUUCAAGACCUCACUGCCACUCUCAGCGACUUCCGGACUUCAUCAGGAGUAAAUCCAAACAACGACAUGAUGGAAGCCUCUGACGAACUCCGCCCUACAAAUACUCAAUCAGCUCUGCUCAACAUUGCUGGUGCUGCAAUCGCUUUACUAACCAUGACAUGGGUCUACUCCAAACUCAGUAACUAG